CUCAAUUAAGACACAUUUUAAGUGAGUGAAAAUGAAAACACCAAAUAAGUACCAGCACAUUCGAGAGUGCACAAAAGUCUGGUUUGUUGCAGUUCAACGUAAGUUAAAGAUGUCAAUCGGACAAACCGUUCGGACAUCAUUUAUAUAUUUCGGACAAGUGAUGCCCAUUACACCUACAUUUGACACCUUUACUGUGAAUCAGCCUGGGCACAUCGCAUUGCCAAAUAUUUGAUAUGUGAAAUAGAAACUGUAAAUGAAUAAUUUUAUUUGCAUUUUUCGAAGAAAAAAAUGGGAAAGUUCAAGUAUAUUUAUUUGAAAUAAAACAAAUUUCGAGACUGCAAUUUGAUAUAUAAAAGGGCUUGUGUUGUACGGACGGACAUUCAUCAGUGAGUAAAGUGAAUUGAGUGGAAAAAAUGCGGUUUAAUACGAUUUCAGUGCUGUUGGGUGUGGUUGUAGUGUCUUCUCUAGCAGCAGCACAAACGGUGACUCCUGUUGACGGCAAUGCGGGGGGUUACUGUUCGUUGCCUGUGUGCCCAAAUCAAUCGAGUGUGAUGUGCAAUAUUCCAAAUGCCUUUUCACCGAACUGUACUAAUCCAGCACUUGUGGCUACGACGGAUACCACCAGAGCACUUAUAUUGGAUACUAUAAAUAGAUUACGAAGUGUAGCCGCUUUGGGUCAAUUGACUGGUGUUAUGGCCAAUAGACCCGCUACACGAAUGGCAACAAUGGUUUGGAAUCCCGAAUUCGAAAUGGAGGCACAAAGAAAUGUAUUAAAAUGUUCACUUGAACACGAUAUAUGCCAUAAUACACAAAAUUUCCUAUUUGCUGGUCAAAAUACUGGACUUACAUGUAGUGAUCCUCCGCUUUCAAUACCAGAUGCUAUACGAGCAAUCAUUACAGACUGGUGGAAUGAGAAUCAAAGGAUCACUUCAAUAGCUGCUAAUAAUGAUUUCUCAACCGCUCGAGGAAAUGGCGAUAUUUCACAUUUUACACUAUUAGCCACAGAAAAUGCCUUUUGCAUAGGAUGUGGCAUACUUACAACUUCCUUCGGAAAUGUCGGCAAUUGUGUUCAUAUGCAUUGUGAUACUGCUAGAGAUAACUUUGAUGGUCAACCAAUUUAUGCCGUUGGAACGACUGGUAGUGGAUGCCAAACACAAAGCACUCAAUUUCCUGGUUUAUGUGACACAAGCCAAAACUAUUGGAAUGAUGUCAGUACUGGUGGUGUCCCAUUCUUCAAUAGCAAUAACAAUGGCACUGUUAAUUCGGCUGUUCAGCAAUUUCUCGCCAAUGGACGUAUUCUAUUUGGCUCAUCUGGUGCAGCAGCAACUGGCGCGACAGCUGCGCCAGCUGCGACAGCUGCGCCAGCUGCGACAACUGCGACAGCUGCGCCAGCUGCGACAGCUGCGCCAGCUGCGACAGCUGCGCCAGCUGCGACAGCUGCGACAGCUGCGACAACUGAGCCAGCUGCGACAGCUGCGCCAGCUGCGACUCAGACUAGCACGGUAGCUGCGACUCAGACUAGCAUUGCUUUGACCACCAGUGGUUCUGGUUCUGCUGGUUCUGGUUCUGCUGGUUCUGGUUCUGCUGGUUCUGGUUCUGCUGGUUCUGGUUCUGCUGGUUCUGGUUCUGCUGGUUCUGGACAAAAUAACAAUGGAGCCACUCAAACAGGGGUUCCGGAUCUUUUGGGUUUUCUUUUAGUUUGCAAGGAUCAGAAAAAUUGUAAGCAUUCAAGUAAAUCGGAUACAGAUACAGAUACGGAUACGGAUACGGAUACAGAUACAUAUACAGAUACAGAUACAGAUACAGAUACAGAUACAGAUACAGAU